AUGUUCGCAUCUCAUAAAUAUCAUGAAUAAAAUAGUAUGGGUUAAAUAAAACAUCAGUUAUCAAACCUUUUGGGCAGCCCCUUAAAGUAUGGUCAGAAUUCAGGAAGACUAUCCAGCUGUUGCAUGAUGAGCACGAGCAGAAAUUCUAGGCUUGUAUAACAUCGGAAUGAGAAACUUUAAAUGUUCAACUCCGCCUCCUCCCUUCACUUAGCGCAUCAGGAAGCCUCGGAAGAGAAUGAUGUGAUAUUACGCAGAUAGUUUAGAACAUUUACAAUUGAAGGUUUAUUUCUGUGUUGAUUAUUGUUGAUUAUUAUUGUUUAUAGCCAUAAGAAAAGUCUGAACAUUUAAAACAACUGUCGAUAUUGUUUUAUUACUUCACCAUGGGCAUAUGCACGACGAUUCACGCCUGUGCACACGUCUGUGUAUUAGUUUGCUUGUUACAAACUGCCCAAUCUCAGCUGCACCCUGAGACAAGAACAGGGAGUAUCGAACCAGGAGCAGGGACUUUACGUCAGACAAUACAGUGGGUGCACAAUGGCAAAUUGUUUAGUCUUCUGACUCGCGGCUCGGAGUAUCAAGCAGCGUCAAAACCUAUCGCUGCCAUUAAAAACGGACACGCGACCGGGGAGGCAAGCAAUCCUUUGGACUCGGCAAGACAGCCUCCAUCACAAGCAUCUAUCCAGAGUGUUGUCGGAGGCACAGAAGCGCGCACAGUUGGCCCACGCUUUCUCCCUCCUCAAGUUCGAAAGCGCUCGGGGAUACACGGGCAUGUGCGUCAGGAUGUCCAUCGAAGUGUCCGUGCUGAAACAAAGCCCAUUUCCACAAAGAAUGAGACACAAGACAAACCCACUGCCAAAACCCCCCAAACAAGGAGAGAAGACAUGAUGGUGGGAGAUGACCCAUAUGACCCAUACAAAUCCACUGAUCCUGAUAACCCUUACUACAAUUACUAUGACACUUAUGAAAGACCAAGGCCCAGACAGAGACCAGGAUAUGGCACUAGGUAUCACCAGUAUGGUCUACCUGAUCUUGUGCCAGACCCAUACUACAUCCAAGCCUCUGCUUACGUUCAGAGGGUUCCUAUGUACAACCUCAGAUGUGCAUCAGAAGAGAACUGCUUGUCAAGCUCUGCUUACAGAGGGAGUGUGAGAGACUAUGACACUCGUAUGCUUCUGAGGUUCCCUCAAAGGGUGAAGAACCAGGGCACAGCUGACUUCUUGCCGAGCAGACCACGCUACUCCUGGGAAUGGCAUAGUUGUCAUCAGCACUACCACAGCAUGGAUGAGUUCAGUCACUAUGAUCUGCUGGAGGUGAGCUCUCAGAGAAGGGUUGCAGAGGGCCAUAAGGCCAGCUUCUGUCUGGAGGACACAUCCUGUGACUAUGGCUACUACAGACGCUUCGCCUGCACUUCACACACCCAGGGACUGAGUCCGGGAUGUUAUGACACUUAUAACGCAGACAUAGACUGCCAGUGGAUCGACAUCACAGAUGUGAAACCUGGAAACUACAUCCUGAAGGUCAGUGUAAACCCCAGCUACCAGGUCCCAGAGUCAGACUACAGCAACAACAUUGUGCGUUGUGAUGUCCGCUACACGGGCAACUAUGCUUAUUUGUCUGGAUGUCACAUGUCACCAUAUUAAGAGAAUACAUUUACUCUCAAACUCCCAGGAGCCAUUAUGCUAAUGACAGGACUACAAUGUCUGGCAAUUGUUUUUUGUUGUUGCUUUAAUUACUCUCUACUACUCUAAUACAACUACACAUUUAAUUAAUUGAAAUUAUGUAAACCCAGGUUCAGAAAGAGAAUGCUGUAACAGUAAUACAAGAUACCAAAAUAUAAUGCAUUUAGAAUGCAUUAUAUUAACAUGUAUUUCAUGUCCUUCUAAUCAAUGUCAUCCCAUUCUUGGUAGUAUUAUGUAUUUACAUUAGCUUUAUACAGCAUUAUAUUAUGGCUUGUGUUUUUGCAACUCUUAUUUUUUAAAAUAAAUAAUUUCAUGUUUGCAAAAUUGUGGUAACUUAAACUAGGACUGUAGGCUAUAAACCAAACUGUCAUUGUACGAAUGCAAGGUAACAUGCUAGUUACUUUUGUGGGUUGUUACAUUUGUUUUGUUAAGAAUUGAGAUGCUUUGUAGUAUGUGUUUAUUUAUGCAAAUGCUCAAAUUACUGCUUUGCUUUUUUUAUGUAGUCCAGAAAAUCUACUUGAAUACAUUCUUGUGACAUUGUUUUAUUUUUCUUCUCUUUUGUUGUUGAAGUCAGUUAAAGUGUACCUAACUCAAAAAGCUUUUCAUGAUUUAAAUCCAUAUGGUUAAUAUUCACACACAGCUAAACUCGUCAAUUCAGUAGCAUUAGAUGGUCUUAAAUUGUCAGGUUAGACUAGUCUGUCUAACCUGUUUGUUGCUUAAAUAGAAAGACUUAAUUUGAGGUAGGAAAGUUAGCCACCUCUCCCCUAAGCCUGUGGUAAGGGCUAUGUUGCUAUGCCAACAAUCUGUUACAUAAUUAUCUUAGCACAAUUUAUAACAAAAGGAAUAACAUUUGUUAAUUUGAUUGAAUAAACACAUUUAGUAGAUUUUUUACAUCUAUUUAGACACUCAAAUAAACACCCUAACCUAAAUUCCAGGAA